ACUUUGCAAGUCACUUCUUUAUGGGAGGCGAGAAGUUUGACACGCCUCACCCCGAGGGCUACCUUUUUGGCGAGAACAUGGAUCUAAACUUCCUUGGGAAUAGACCUGUUCAGUUUCCCUAUGUAACUCCAGCUCCACAUGAGCCAGUGAAGACACUCAGAAGUUUGGUGAACAUCCGCAAAGACUCACUCCGACUUGUGAGGUAUAAAGAUGAUGUUGACAGUCCUACUGAGGAGAAUGGGAAGCAGAAAGUCCUGUACAGCCUGGAGUUCACAUUUGAUGCGGAUGCCCGUGUUGCCAUCACAAUCUACUGCCAGGCUACGGAGGAGUUUGUUGGUGGCAUGGCAGUAUACAGCACAAAGAAUCCCUCUCUGCAGUCGGAGACGGUUCAUUACAAGAGAGGGGUAAGCCAGCAAUUCUCCCUGCCUUCCUUCAAGAUUGAUUUCUCAGACUGGAAGGAUGAUGAGCUGAACUUUGAUUUGGAUCGUGGCGUGUUCCCUGUGGUCAUCCGAGCGGUGGUGGAUGAAGGCGAUGUGGUGGUUGAGGUGACGGGUCAUGCCCAUGUUCUUCUGGCUGCAUUUGAAAAGCACGUUGAUGGCAGUUUUUCCGUGAAGCCCUUAAAACAGAAACAGAUCGUUGACCGGGUGAGCUAUCUGCUUCAGGAGAUCUAUGGCAUCGAGAACAAAAACAACCAAGAGACCAAGCCUUCAGAUGAUGAGAACAGUGACAACAGCAACGAGUGCGUGGUUUGCCUGUCGGACCUCCGUGACACCCUCAUUCUGCCCUGCAGACACCUCUGUCUGUGCAAUUCCUGUGCUGACACCCUGCGCUACCAGGCCAACAACUGCCCCAUCUGCAGGCUGCCCUUCCGUGCCCUGCUGCAGAUCCGGGCUGUGAGGAAGAAGCCAGGGGCUCUGUCGCCAGUGUCGUUCAGCCCUGUGUUGGCACAGAGUGUUGACCACGACGAGCACUCUAGCUCUGACAACAUCCCUCCGGGCUACGAGCCCAUUUCCUUGCUGGAAGCGCUGAAUGGCCUUCGCUCGGUUUCCCCCUCCAUCCCGUCAGCUCCUCUGUAUGACGAAAUCAACUACUCUGGUGUGGUGGAUGGGAUGCCGCCCGCGAGCCGCCCGCUUGUUGGGAUGGACAGAGCCGUGGAGAGCAGCCACCAAAAGGGCAAACGCAGCAAGUCUCCAGAUAGCACACUACGGUCUCCCUCGUCCCCGAUCCACGAGGAGGAUGAAGAGAAGCUCUCCGAGGACUCGGACUCGCAGCCAGCGCUGAGCGGGGGUGAGCUGGUCCUGAGAGAGACCAGCUCUCCAGAAAGCAUGGCAGGGGAAGAGAUCGAGGAGGCCUCAUCCCUGCAGCAGGGUAGCCGCCCACCCUCCGUUGAAGACGUCCUGCAGGACGGUAGCUGCGGGGAGCACAGGAGCCUGACGCAGUCCGAGAGUGACCCUCCGGUAGACGUCUACCUGCCAGCACUGGGUCCCGAUUCCUGCUCUAUUGGUAUAGAGGAGUAAGCUGGCUCAUCCGACUUCACCAAGACGCUCCCCGGCCGCGGCACCGGCAGACCCACGCAGCCCCUUCUCUUCGAGCAGACGCGUCUUCACCUGGAGGACGAGCAGAACCUCUUGUGAGCGG